UUGAAUUUUGCGGAGGCUCGAGUCGUAGGCGCUUCUGUUUCGGAGGCGGCGGCAGUCGUCCAGACCGAGAGGGCUUCUUUAUCUUUAGUUUGGGUGAAGAUUCACGCUAGAAGGUGCCUCAGGAUGUCUUCGUCGUAUUUUGCCAGUAGACACAAAAAGGAUUUAAGUACUAACAUGAUUAGAGCUAAAAUUGCUCACAGGAAAUCACUGUCUCAGAAGGAAAAUAGGCAUAAAGAAUAUGAACGAAACAGACACUUUGGUUUGAAAGAUGUCAACAUUCCAAACUUGGAAGGUAGAAUUCUUGUUGAAUUGGAUGAGACUUGUCAAGAGCUUGUUCCAGAAAAGGCCAAUGUCAAGCCAACGUCGACGAAAACUGUUGUAGAUGAUCAACGAAAACGAAUGCUCCAGAAGUACAAAGAAGAAAAGCAACUGCGAAAGCUGAAAGAGCAGCGAGAGAAAGCUAAACGAGGAGUAUUUAAAGUGGGUCUCUACAGACCUGAUAUGCCUUGUUUUCUUUCAUCAAAACAGAGCGCUGUGAAAACUGAGCCCAAACAGGCUAUUCCAUCUUCGACAAGGAUUACAAGGUCAAAGGCUAAAGACCUAAUGGAGCAGACUAAGAUUAAUAAUGGGAGUGAUGUUCGAGCAGCUCGACCUGGACAGAGACAAACUUCUGAAAAAAAAGUGUUGGACAGAGAGAAAAAAGUUGUACAGCCUGUCGGGCCCACUUUGGUGAGAAUGACCCGAUCAGCCACUCAAGUGGCUAAGCAGGUUGCUGGAACAGUCUCUUCUACCACAACAAGAAAGCCCACCACAGGAGCUACUCAUGAUAAUGAACCAGAAAGAAAAGCACCAAGUAAAGGAAGACCUGCCAAAAAGAUAGAAAUAAAACCUGACAAGGUUAUUUCUUUUAAAAUCGAUAGUGAAGAAAAUACUUUGAAUUCACAAACCAGUGCCACAGGUGGAAUGGCUCCAGAUGGAACCCUAUCAAAAAUGGAAAACUUACCUAACACAAACACUGCAAGAACAAAAUGGAAGAAUUCCUUUGCACCUAAAGACUUUAUAUUUCAGCCACUGGAUGGUGUGAAGACCUAUCAAGUAACACCUAUGACGCCCAGAAGUGCCAAUGCUUUCUUGACACCCAGUUACACCUGGACCCCUUUAAAAACAGAAGCUGACAAGACUCAAGAAGCAGUGAAAGAAAUUUUGGCACAGAAAUAUGAAACGAAUCAUUCUAUUGAGACAAUACAGCAAGAUUCAAGUAAAUUGCAAUGUCCUUUGGAUUCUUUAACAAUUUGGAAUGGAGAACAUGUCUUAAAUAAGAAUGAAGCUACUACUAAAAAUUCAAAUGGCCUUCCAAUAAAGGAAGAAGUCCCAUCACUUGAAACAAAUGAAGGUCAGAUAUCUCAGCCUCAACAUGAUGUGCUGUAUUUCAGAAAUAUUCUCCAAUCCGAAACUGAGAAAUUAACCUCACACUGCCUUGAGUGGGACAAGAAACUUGAACUGGACAUUCCAGAUGAUGCUAAAGAUCUUAUCCGCACAGCAGUUGGUCAGACAAGACUCCUUAUGAAGGAAAGGUUCAAGCAGUUUGAAGGGCUGGUGAAUGACUGUGAAUAUAAACGAGGCGAAAAGGAGACUACCUGUACAGAUCUGGACGGAUUUUGGGAUAUGGUUAGUUUUCAGAUAGAAGAUGUAAACCAGAAAUUUACCAAUCUGUCCAAACUUGAGGAAUCUGGGUGGCAGAACAGCAGUAAUAAUAUAAAUAGAAAAGUCUUUCGGAAAAAAGUUUUCUCGGGAGUAGCAAGUAAACCAAAUCUGGACGAUGGUAGAAGGAUUGCAGCUAGAAAUCGCCUGGCUGCCAUAAAAAACGCAAUGAGAGAGAGAAUUAAGCAGGAAGAACACGCUGAAGCAGCAGCCUCUGUGGUACUGAAGGAACCUGAUAAAAUCGUGUUCGAUGCUGGAUUUUUCAGAAUUGAGAGUCCUGUUAAAUCAUUCUCAGGACUUUCUCUCUCUUCGGAACGUCUUUCUCAAAGACUUAGAACACCCAAGUCUGUAAGCAAAGUUGUGUCUCAGAACAGGGCUGAGAUGGGCCUUUUAAGACAUACUACAUCACCAGAGAAUCCUGAUCCUCAGAGUACCAACUGCGAACAUGUUGAUAAGAAGACUUUGUCUUCAAAUAUCCCUGAAAGCAGAAAAAGCAUAGUAGAAGAUGUUCAGUGUACUGAAUUACAGGAUUUCGUUAAAGGAAGACACGAUGUAGAUAAGAUAAACUUUGAGGCGUAUUGUUUACCCAGUGAAAGAACAAGUUUGCCUCUUCUUGCUGGUGGUAUAGCUGAUGAUCUUGGUACUAAACAAAAAGAAGAAAUUCCAAGUAUUGUGGAAGGAAUGGAACUAAAUUCGUCAAUUACGUCACAGGAUGUUUUGAUGAGUAGCCCUGAGAAAAGUAUACCAUCACAAAACAUCUUACAAGAAGAGGACCCUAAAACUUCUCAAUUAGUACUACUCGAUAAUGAAAGCCUCGCUGCUGAAUGUGACCUUCUUAAUUCACCAGGUCUCUUAAACUGCAGUAAUCCAUUCACGCAGCUGGAGAGGACACAUCAAGAGCAUGCCAGACACAUUUCCUUGGGUGGUAACCUUAUUACCUUUUCACCUUUAAGACCCCUCGCUGAAAAACAAGCAGAAGAAUACUGAAUUUAAAAAUAAAUCUAAACAUUUUUCUUCAUGUUAUCAAUGCUGUCAUAUAUUCUUAGAGUUCUAGAAAUUUGGAGAAUACGUGCUUAGGUUCACUUCUAUUCAAUCCAUAUAUAUAGUGUCAUAUAAUGUUUUAAUAUUCAGUGUUUAUCAAAGUGUAUUUUAGAUAUGAUACUGUUUCUCAAGGGAAGUAGGGAUAUUGUGCACAUUAAUGAUGCAGAAUAAAAGAUAUACUGUGCCUUGC